UGUGAAUCCCCCCCUUCCCCCCAUUACUCGGUGUUCCGGCGACUCCGGCGUUUGUCGGUGGCUCAGUCGUGCGAUAAACAAAUAAUAACGAGGAAAGAUGUCUUUGGCCGACGAACUUCUUGCCGAUCUCGAGGAGAAUGACGACGCGGACGCGUUUAUGGAAGAGCCGGAGCCGCAGUUCAUCCCGGCUUCGGUUUCGAAAGUCAUCGAGGAAGAGAUAAAAGUGUCCUCCGUUCGAGAGCUGGCUAAGCUGCGAGAUUCGGAACAGCUGCAGCGAGUUAUGUCGCACAUCGAGAGGCACAGCAAAGUGCCCAGGAAGUCAACUGACAUUGUAGGACCCGUGGAAUCUGAUCCGGAGUAUCAGUUGAUAGUCGAAGCUAAUAAUAUGGCGGUAAAAAUUGACAAUGAAAUAGCUACUAUUCACAGAUUUACAAGAGAUAAAUAUUCGAAAAGGUUUCCAGAACUGGAGUCUUUAGUGGUAGGACUAUUGGAAUAUGUGAUGACUGUCAGGGAAUUGGGCAAUGACUUGGACAGAGCCAAAAAUAACGAGAUUCUACAGCAGUUUCUCACUCAGGCUACAAUUAUGGUUGUUUCUGUGACAGCCUCGACCACCCAGGGCCAGCUACUGACAGAAGAGGAGAAAGAAGCUAUCUGUGAAGCUUGCGAUAUGGCAGUGGAAUUGAACAAUUGUAAAUCCAAGAUAUUCGAAUAUGUAGAGAGCAGAAUGGCAUUUAUCGCGCCGAAUCUAUCGAUAAUCGUCGGCGCGUCAACAGCUGCCAAGAUUAUGGGUGUCGCGGGCGGCCUGACGAAACUCUCUAAGAUGCCAGCUUGUAAUCUUCUAGUCCUUGGAUCUCAGAAAACCACGCUCUCCGGAUUUUCGCAAGUUACCACCUUGCCUCACACGGGAUUUAUAUAUUACUCCGAGAUCGUACAAGAAACUCCUCCUGAUCUACGGAGGAAAGCGGCAAGGUUGGUGGCAGCGAAGAGCAUGCUGGCGGCUAGGGUGGACGCCUGCCACGAAAGCACGGACGGUCACAUCGGCCAAAUGCUGCGCGAGGAGAUCGAGAAGAAGCUGGAUAAGCUGCAAGAGCCGCCGCCCGUGAAAUUCGUGAAGCCGCUGCCGAAGCCGAUCGAUCCCGGUCGAAAGAAGCGCGGCGGUAAACGCGUCCGCAAGAUGAAGGAACGCUACGCGAUCACGGAGUUCAGGAAGCACGCCAACAGGAUGAAUUUCGCGGACAUUGAGAGUGACGCCUACCAAGAGGAUCUUGGCUACUCGCGAGGGACAAUCGGUAAAGCUGGCACCGGUCGAAUUAGGUUGCCGCAGAUUGACGAAAAGACGAAAGUCAGGAUAUCCAAGACACUCCAGAAGAAUCUGCAGAAGCAGCAGCAAUGGGGAGGCAGCACCACUGUCAAGAAGCAAGUCUCCGGUACUGCUUCCAGCGUGGCUUUCACCCCUCUACAAGGUCUUGAAAUCGUCAAUCCACAAGCUGCGGAGAAAAAGGUAAACGAGGCAAAUGCGAAAUACUUUUCCAAUACAGCUGGUUUCCUGAAAGUCAAGAAAACGUAAAUGUAUGUAUUGAAACAAAUAUAAGAAGUGUAUAUGCUCUAUAUGUACAGUUGUAAAUACUAAUUGUUUGACUUAUUAAGAUUUCCAAUAGUGUUGAAAUACGAAUGAAUAAUAACUGACUAAGAUGCCUGACUACUUGAAUAAAAAGAAUACCUGCAAUCUUGCAAAUA